UUGUUACGGCAACCGGCAUGUUCUGAUGUGAAACCCCAGGUACUGAGAGUCCAGAGGUUGCUUAGAGUUUUUCUCCGCUAUUUUUGUGAACAUGGCAGAGGCAAAACGCCGAAAGAAAGUGGCUUUAAUUACGGGCAUAACUGGACAGGAUGGCUCAUACCUUGCUGAGUUUCUGCUCGCAAAAGGUUACGAGGUGCAUGGAAUUAUCAGACGUUCUAGCUCUUUCAACACAGGGAGAAUUUCUCAUCUGUAUGCUGAUAUCAGAACCCAUAAAAUGGGAGCUAUGAAACUACAUUAUGGGGAUCUUACUGACAGUACAAACUUGGUGAAAAUUAUCAGUGAGGUGAAACCAAAUGAGGUUUACAAUUUAGGAGCUCAAAGCCAUGUGAAGGUUUCAUUUGAUUUAGCUGAGUACACUGCAAAUGUCGAUGCUGUGGGAACUCUCAGGCUGCUAGAUGCAAUCAAAACUUGUGGACUAGAAAAUGAUGUUAGGUUUUAUCAGGCUUCUACAAGUGAAAUGUUUGGAAAAGUUCAAGAAAUUCCACAAACAGAGAAAACUCCAUUUUAUCCCAGGUCACCAUAUGGUGCUGCGAAAGUGUAUGCCUUCUGGAUAGUGGUGAAUUAUAGAGAGGCUUACAACAUGUUUGCCACAAAUGGGAUUUUAUUCAAUCAUGAAAGUCCACGCAGAGGUGAGACAUUUGUAACAAGGAAGAUAACAAGAGCUGUGGCAAAAAUCCAUUUAGGAUUACAGGAUGAGCUUCAACUUGGAAAUUUGGAUUCUAAGAGAGAUUGGGGGCAUGCUAGAGAUUAUGUUGAGGCUAUGUGGCUUAUUUUACAACACGAAAAACCAGAGGACUUUGUUAUAGCAACUAACAAAGUUCAUAGUGUCAGAGAAUUUGUAGAAGCAGCUUUUCAAGAAGUUGGAAUAACCAUUGCGUGGGAAGGAGAAGGUGAUAAAGAAAUUGGUGUAGACGAAGUCAGUAGGAAGGUUCUUGUAAGAGUGAAUCCAAAGUUUUACAGACCUACAGAAGUGGAAUACCUUCAAGGAUCAUUCGAGAAAUCAAAGAAACUUCUUGGCUGGGAACCAAAAGUGACUUUUGAGGAACUGGUAAAAGAAAUGGUGCAAGAAGACAUAGCACUUAUGAAGAAAAACCCAUUAGCUUAACUUUACUAAGUGAAUGGUCCAAUGUUAAGUUCACUGGAUGGAUGCACAAUGAAGACAUUUUCACAUGCUUAGCCACUACAUUGUAGGAGACUAAAUAUACACGUUCUGCCAGGACGACUUGUUUACAGCUUCAAAUUUUCAAAUUUCAUGUAUCUCCUACCCCCAUUGCUGCAUUUGAAUUUGUUUUAUUCAAGGACAAGAGUCAUCAGAAUUCUUCAAGCUGUUGCAAACCAGUUGUUUGCAAGAAAAAUGUAAUAUUAAGUUGGUUGUUUGUAUUUUAUUGAGUUGGGAGUUGUAUGCAUAUAUUAUAGAAUAUGGAUUCUGUGGA